AUGGAGCAUUCAGUUGCCAGUUCGCCCGAAAAGGCGCCCAUAGAGUCCAUGGACAAGGAGGACUCCAAUGUAUCGGUGGAGGGCGAGCAGAUCGUGACCAAAGAUGCCGACAAUGCCAGCAGCGAGAAAUCGUCUCCCCCGGUUGGGGAGGAGCUAACUUCGCACGAAAAUAUUGUUGUUAGUACCGCAGAUGAUCUUGUCACCCAAAUUCUUCGUGUGGAAGAUGAUCCUUCUGUCAAUCCAUGGACAAUUCGAAUGGUCUUUCUCGGGGCUGGACUAUCCAUCUUCGGCGGUGUUCUCCAGGAAAUCUUCUAUUUUAAACCUCAGACAAUUCUAGUCUCCCAGGUUUUCUUGACGGUCAUCGCAUAUGUACUCGGAGAAGGACUCGCCUACGCAAUUCCUCGUAAGGGUAGGAUUGGACGUCUCCUGAACCCAGGGCCAUUUAAUGCGAAGGAACAUGCUGCCGUGGCUCUGAUGGCGUCAGCCGCAUCUCAGUCCGCACUCGCAACAGAAGCUCUCGCCGCACAGCAAUUAUUUUACGGAGGAUACCCGAGUCAUGCCGCUGGAGUUUUUAUAACCCUCUCCUCUCAACUGAUUGGCUAUGGUAUUGCUGGUCUGCUUCGUGAUGUGAUUGUUCGACCAACUAAGAUGUUGUGGCCUAUGACUCUUCCCAUUAGCAGUUUGCUGGAAUCUUUGCACAGAGAUAAGAAAGAAUCUAAGGCUCGGCUGAAAAUCUUUUAUGUUGUCUUUACAGUCCUCUUUUUCUGGACUAUCUUCCCGGAGUGGAUUUUCCCGGUUUUGGAAGGAGUUUCAAUAUUUUGUCUGGCUAACCAGAAUAGCUUGGUCUUCACUAACCUCUUCGGUGGAGCUUCGGGUAAUGAAGGAUUGGGAUUUCUCUCCGUCUGCUUCGAUUGGAACUAUAUCGCGUCUACUGGAUCACCACUUUGGUAUCCACUAUAUGCACUAACCAAUACAUUCGUCGGCUAUCUUGGCUGUAUUAUACUUUUUCUUGGUGUAUACUACGCAAACAUCUUCAACUCACAGAACUUUCCAUUUUUGUCACAGCUACUCUUUUAUGGUGACUCGAAUUCCACCUACUUUCACACAUACAACCAAACCGCAAUUCUCAACCCCGAUUUCACAGUCAAUGAGGACCUUCUCAGAGAGCAAGGAAUUCCUUGGCUGACGGGAAGUUACAUUAUCUACUUGAUUACCUCCAACAUGGGUCUUACGGCGACCUUCACCCACAUGCUGCUAUGGAACUUUGAUGACAUCAAGCCUGGCUGGGCCUGGGCUAGCCCCGCAUCUCUCAAGAAAUGGCUCAAACUAGAGACAUACAAGUUCUGGGCAAAUGAAGAGACACCGGAACAACGCCUGGAGCGUAAAUUGAAUGACGAGUCGUUGGAUCCUCAUUAUCGACUCAUGCUUCGAAACUUGUACCAAGAAUGCCCUCAGUGGUGGUGGGGAGCCGUUCUAUUGGGAAGUUUCGUGGCCGGUAUCGCUUGUCUUUACUCAAUCAAGUCCACGCUGCCAUGGUGGGGAUUUAUCCUCGCGAAUGCCCUCACAGCCCUCUUCAUGCUUUUCUUUGGCGCCCAAUAUGGUCUCACUGGCUUCCAAUUCAAUAUUCAACCAAUUGCUCAAAUGCUUGCAGGAUACUUGUUUCCUGGAAAGCCUCUUGCUAAUCUCUAUUUUACUUGCUACACAUACAACUCUCUUCAGAUGGGUCAAGUACUCGCCAAAGAUCUUCGAUUGGCACAAAAUGUUCAUUUAUCGCCUCGCAACACAUUCUUCGUUCAAGUUCUCGGUUGUGUGAUAGGAGCGUUAUUCAACUACGUGAUGAUGUUGACAAUUGUUCGAUCGCAAGCCGAAGUUCUCAUUUCCAUUGACGGAACGAACAUUUGGAGCGGUCAAAACUUCAAUACUCUGGCAAUUGCAUGGAGCAUAGCUAAAGACAUGUUCUCCAUCGGAGCCCGCUACCAAUGGGUGACAAUCUCGUAUCUAGUGGGUUUCCUCGUUCCUUUCCCUUUCUGGAUUGCCAACAAAAUCUAUCCCAGUCGCGUCUUCCGCAGCGUUAACCUAUCCAUCAUUCUUUGGUACAUGGGAUACCUCUUUGUUGGUAUCAAUGCCUCGAUUCUCAUGUACUUCGUCAUUGGGUUCGCGGCACAAUGGUGGCUGCGAAAGUAUCACCCUCAUCUCUUUAACAAGUACAACUAUAUCGUUAGUGCUGCUUUAGAUGGUGGUACGCAGGUCUGUGUCUUUAUCUUGACCUUUGCUGUGUUUGGUGGGAGUGGUAAAUCCUACUCGUUCCCGACUUGGGCUGGAAAUCCUGAUGCCAGCCAUAAUCUUGACUAUUGUAUGGUCAAUCCAGCUGUAAGCGAUUAG